AUGCGUUUCUCGAUCCUUUCUGCUGCCAUCGCAGCGCUGACCGUCGCUCCGGCGUCGGCAGCCUCCGCUGACCCUGUCGAUGCCCUGGCCAGCAAGGCCCUCGCAACCAAGCUCGCCUAUGUGGCAGCUCAGGGGGCUUCCAACUCCAGCUGCAACAUCAACAAUGCAGCCGUCCGCAAGGAAUGGGGCUCCCUUGAACCCGCCGACCGCAAGAAAUACACCGAUGCCGUGCUCUGCCUAAUGUCCAGGCCCCCCAGGUCCGACCCCAACUGGGCCCCUGGAGUCCGGAACCGUUACGAUGACUUUGUGGCCGUCCACAUCAACCAGACGCUGUACAUCCACGGCACGGGCAACUUCCUGACCUGGCACCGCUACUUCACCUGGGCUUAUGAGAAUGCCCUCCGCACCGAGUGUGGUUACGAUGGCUACCAGCCGUACUGGGCGUGGAACAAGUACGCCGCCAACCCCAUCAACUCGCCUGUCUUCGAUGGCACCGAGUACAGUAUGUCGGGAAACGGUGACUACGUCGCUCACAAUGGCACCCCAGCCACGGCCUACACAACCAUCCCGCCGGGCGUGGGUGGUGGCUGUGUCCGCAACGGUCCCUUUGCCAACAUGACCGUCAACCUGGGACCCGUCGAUCCCACCCUCCAGAUCCCCGGACUCGUGGCCCAGAACGGUACCGGAUUGGACUACAACCCCCGUUGUCUGCGUCGUGACAUCUCGCCCUAUGCCGCCCUUGGCUGGACUAAGAGCAGCGAUGUCAUGAGCCUGAUUGAGGAGUGCGAUACUAUCUCCUGCUUCGAGUGGACCAUGCAAGGGUUCUUCGAGGAAGGGUUCCUGGGCGUUCACACUGCCGGUCACUUUACCAUCGGUGGUGAUCCGGGUGGUGAUCUGUACGCCUCUCCCGGUGACCCUGCCUUCUACCUCCACCAUGCCAUGAUCGACCGCACCUUCUGGAUCUGGCAGAACCUCAACCCGGCCAACCGGACCUAUGUCGUCAAGGGCCCCGACUUCAUCGAUGGCCUGAUGCCGUCGCCCAACACCACCAUCCAUGACAUUCUACCCAUGGGCAACCUGACGGUGUCGCGCGAGAUCUACGAUGUGCUGGACACCACGGCCGGUACGCCGCUGUGCUACAUUUACGAGUAA